CAUAACUUUAAAUCCGUCACUCAAACUCACACUCGGAUCACCUCUCUCUCUCCAAGCCACUUUAUCUUUUUUUCCUGCUUUUUGUUGACAGUCUUUACCCCCCACAAUAGCUUACUUAAAUCUUGUUUUUCUUCAUCUCGAUCAUCGGUUAGCUCAUACUCCCCCACCAGUGUUUGCAUUUUUUGGCUGAUUUCUUGAAGACCCUUUUGCAGUUUGAGUGAAAAGUCCGGGCCGGGAAGAGUGGUGGGUGGAAAUGACGGCCCCUAAACCUGAAGAUAUCAGUUACCUUCCAAUGGACCAACUUCAGGGUUUAGAGUACUGCAUUGAUUCCAAUCCUUGUUGGGGGGAAGCAAUAGCACUGGGAUUUCAGCAUUAUAUCAUGGCAUUAGGCACUGCAGUGAUGAUUCCAUCAUUUCUAGUUCCUUUGAUGGGUGGAGAUCAUGGUGAUACAGUGAGGGUGGUACAAACUCUACUUUUUGUGCAAGGGAUUAAUACGAUUCUCCAAACAUUGUUCGGAACAAGAUUACCUACUGUGGUGGGCGGAUCAUGGGCAUUUUCGGUUCCCAUUUUUUCCAUCAUUCGUGAUUCUUCCUUCACCACCAUUGCUGAUCCUCAUGAAAGAUUCCUCAGCACAAUGCGGGCAAUACAGGGUGCACUUAUAAUAGCUUCUAGCGUGCAGAUUAUUUUGGGGUAUGGUCAGCUGUGGGCUAUUUUUUCGAGGUUUUUCAGUCCACUUGGAAUGGUCCCAGUUGUUGCAUUGUUGGGGUUAGGACUGUUCGAUAGAGGAUUUCCAGUGGUUGGGCAAUGUGUUGAAAUUGGUGUUCCUAUGUUCAUCUUGUUUGUUGCCUUCUCUCAGUACUUGAAGAACUUUCAGUUCAGGAAACAUCCGGUAUUGGAACGUUUUGCUCUAGUUAUAUCAGCAGCAGUGAUUUGGGCUUACGCACACCUCCUCACUGCCGGUGGCGCUUAUAAGCACCGUCCAGAGGCAACUCAGCUUCACUGUCGCACCGACCGAGCCUACCUCAUUUCUUCUGCCCCAUGGAUUAAAAUUCCAUUUCCACUUCAGUGGGGUGCCCCUACUUUUGAUGCUGGUCAUGCUUUUGGAAUGAUGGCUGCUGUGUUUGUUUCCUUGAUUGAGUCAACUGGAGCUUAUAAAGCGGCAUCUCGUCUGGCCAGUGCUACACCACCUCCAGCUCAUGUUCUUAGUCGUGGUAUUGGUUGGCAGGGGAUUGGGAUCCUGUUGAGUGGACUUUUUGGGACAGUUACUGGAUCAUCAGUUUCAGUAGAAAACGUGGGUCUUCUUGGAAGCACUCGUGUUGGUAGCCGCAGAGUUAUUCAAAUCUCAGCAGGCUUCAUGAUCUUCUUCUCCAUGUUAGGGAAAUUUGGAGCCUUGUUUGCAUCAAUACCAUUUACAAUAUUUGCAGCUGUAUACUGUGUGAUGUUUGGGCUUGUGGCUUCAGUGGGGCUGUCAUUGCUGCAAUUCACAAACAUGAACUCGAUGAGAAACCUGUUCAUUGUGGGUGUUUCGCUGUUCCUUGGGUUGUCCAUUCCCCAGUAUUUCAGGGAAUACACUCAUGGCCCUGCACACACCAACGCCGGAUGGUUCAACGAUCUCCUCAACACAGUCUUCACGUCGUCCCCCACAGUGGCACUGAUGGUGUCGGUGUUUCUGGACAACACACUUGAGCGCAAAGACAGUGGUAGAGACAGGGGAAUGCCCUGGUGGGCCAAGUUCAGAUCAUUCAAAGGGGAUACCCGGAACGAGGAGUUCUACACCCUCCCUUUCAACCUCAACCGCUUUUUCCCACCCUCCUGAAUCCUGAUCAUCCAUCCAAUGGACGCCAGCCUUCUCCCUUCAUCUUCUUUUAGACCUUUUCAUUUCAGCCAGAGCGUUGUAGCAUUGUAGUACAAGAAUGAAUAGCAAGAGCAUUUUUGGGGUGAACCCCCGGCCCCUAUCAUUGAGAAAUAGUUAGAAUUAAAAAUACAGUACUAUCUUGCCUAAUAUGAUUACGAUCAUAAACCUAGCUAAUU